AUGAUUGAGAAAUCCAAGAAGAGCAAAAGGGAGUAUACCGCGACAACAGUACUCGCAUUGCUGCAAGAAGUGGCUCAAUUUGAUGGAGUGAAAAUUGAUUGGAAUGCAUUAGUUGAAAAGACAACCACCGGAAUUUUUAAUGCAAGGGAGUAUCAGAUGAUAUGGAGACAUUUAGCUUAUCGACAUGUGUUGCCUGAAAAAAUCGAUGAUGGAGCUCACCCUUUGGAUGAUGAUAGUGAUUUAGAGUCUGAAUUGGAAGCGUUUCCUAGUGUUACCAGUGAAGCUUCGUCUGAGGCUGCUGCUUGUGUUAAGGUAUUGAUCGCAUCUGGUUUACCAAGUCACUCAAACAGCACAACAGUUGAGGCUCCCCUGACUAUAAAUAUACCUAAUGGCCAGCCAUUUAGAGCCACAUCAGAAAAUUCACAACCUGCUGUGAUGCAGGGGAUGAACAUUACAGUUCCAGUUUCUGUGCAGAAACUGUCUCUGCCUGGAGGGACAUCCGUUACUUCUGCUGAAGUAUUUGAUGCUAAUGGAUCGGGCAGUGGCACAUUCCCUCCAAGAAGGAAAAGAAAGCCCUGGUCAGAAGCCGAGGAUAUGGAACUGAUUUCUGCUGUGGAUAAAUUUGGUGAGGGGAAUUGGGCAAACAUUGUAAGAGGUGAAUUCAAAGGGGAUAGAACUGCUUCCCAGCUAUCUCAGAGGUGGUCCAUUAUUCGGAAGCGGCAGAGGAACUCGAAUUCAGGAAAUGUUACCAGUGGCCCACAACUUUCUGAGGUACAGCGUGCAGCAUGCCAUGCAGUGAAAAUGGCCCUUGAUUCUCAUCCAGCAGCCAAGAGUUCAAUUGCAAGUUGCUCUGGUGGGACAACUUCAAACAAAACCUCCACUAAUUGCAUGCCUCCUGCAAUUAUUACGGAAACUCCUCCUGUCCAACAUCUAUCUCAACAACGUCCUACGGUGACAAAAUCAUCUACAAUAUGGCCAUUAGGAUCUGCAGCAAAAUCUCAAGCAAUGUUGACAAAAACAUCAACAAAAUCUAUUUUGAGUUCUGAUCCUGUGAGAGCUGCUGCAGUUGCUGCUGGGGCUCGCAUUGCAACCCAAUCAGAUGCUGCCUCACUGCUAAAGGCUGCUCAGGCAAAGAAUGCUGUCCAUAUCAUGCCCACAGGCAAUUCUUCAAUCAAAUCAUCCAUGGCUGGUGGUGUAUCUAUCCACUCAGAGACUAAUCCCAAUACUCAAUUUAUCUCCAGUGGUAUGGCAACCACACCAACUACCACCCGUUCAGCUGUAAGUAGCCCAUGCCCUGGUUUGGCCAAAGCUACUUCACUGCCACCUCAGGUGAAAGCUUCUUCAUUGACAACUCAGCAUACAAAAUCCACCUCUAUCACAUCAUUGAGCACGAUAUCUGAACAGACUAAUCCUGGUUUGGCCAAAGCUACUUCACUGCCAUCUCAGGUGAAAGCUUCUUCACCGACAACUCAGCAUGCACAACCCACCCCUGUCACAUCGGAUAUGCUAUCUGAACGGACUGAUACUGAAAUUCUACCAAAGCAAGGCAUUCUAACCGUCGAGGAUAUAGUUGGGUCACAAGAUGUGGCAAACGAUCAAGUUCAAAAGGAUGGAGCUCAUGUCUCUGUAAAGGAACCAAGCGAGCAAGUUCAAGAAGUUAAAGCAGCUUUGACAAACCAAGAAGCCGAGUUGAAAGGUCAAGUAGCUGUUGUGGAGAGUUCUAAUGCUUCACCAAAAUUGGCAAUGAACGAAAGUGACCUGAGAAAUGUCACUGGCAACCACGUUGAAGGAAGUCAAAGUACAGAUGAUAAUAAGAUGACUUGUACACCUAUUAAGGAAGCUGAAAAUCAAUCAGCAGUUCAGGAGAACGGUAAGAGUACAAGUGCAGGUGAGAAGCAAGCAGAUUUGCCAAGCACAGUAACCUACAAUUCCUGCAAAAAUGUGGAGAAUCUUGUGGAAAGUAAUGACCUAGUCCGUCUUUGCAAUGCUGUAAAUUCUUCAUGUUCGCUUGGUUUGAUUGAUCCUGUUGCCAUGGAUGCAUUUGAACGCCCUUGCCCUUGUCUGAAAAAGUCAGAUCGUCAUGGAUGA